CAGCAGCCGGAGCGCAGGCCGUGCUGGAGCUGAGCUCGCCGCCUGGUACCGCCCAGAGCGCACGGAGGCCGGCCUGUCAGCCGCACCGCCCGGGCGCCGCGCACAGCUUGGGUCGCCGCUUGUCCGGAGACCUGGACCCCACGGCCCGAGCCCUCAGCAGGUCCUGGGGAGAGGGUCUGGUUUCUUAUUCUGUCCCCGACUCCAGCGGCGUGGAACAGAAGACGGAUUAAAGAAAGAAGAUCCCAUUCCAGAGCCUCCGCGUGGAGGGGCUUCGGCCCUCACCAAGCUGAGCUUGGGGGGGGGGGGCGCCAGUGUGCCUGGCAUCCCCCAACGAUUUCCAUUGCUCCAGGCCUGGCACGAGGAGCAACUGUGCCCUCACCUGCCAGACACGGGCACAGAGCCCAGGGAAGCGGGACCUGGCCAGUACCCAAGCUCCCGCGUCCCAGACCUGGUCGUCGGGGAGCCAUCUCCCGCCCCAGCCCCUCUGGUGCGGAUGUGCCGCUGUUUGCUGGAGCACCAUGAAGGCAAGAUGACCGCAGCGGAGGCAGCGGCUGUGGCUGCGGCUGCGGCGGCCAGCACCUCUCCGCGGGCCGCCGGACCUCCGGAAUGGGCCCCUGGCAGCCCGCAGGUCCCCGGGAGGCCUGGUGGGGCCCGAGUGGUCAUGGCCGCGUUGGUGUGGCUGCUGGCUGGAGCCACGAUGUCAAGCCUCAACAAGUGGAUCUUCACCGUCCACGGCUUCGGGCGGCCCUUGUUACUGUCCGCACUGCACAUGCUGGCCGCUGGGCUGGUGUGCCACUGGCGCGCGCGGCGUCCCGUGCCAGGGGCCACUCGGCGCCGCGUGCUGCUGCUCAGCCUCACCUUUGGCACGUCCAUGGCCUGUGGCAACGUGGGCCUGAGCGCCGUGCCCUUGGACCUGGCACAGCUGGCCACCACGACCACUCCGCUGUUCACCAUGGCCCUAUCCGCGCUGCUGCUGGGCCGCCGCCACCAUCCGCUGCAGUUUGCCGCUAUGGGUCCGCUCUGCCUGGGGGCUGCUUGCAGUGUGGCCGGUGAAUUCCAGGCACCUCCUGCCGGCUGCGGCUUCCUGCUGGCUGCCACCUGUCUUCGGGGGCUCAAGUCCGUCCAGCAGAGUGCCUUGCUGCAAGAGGAGAGGCUCGACGCGGUGACCCUGCUGUACGCCACCUCGUUGCCCAGCUUCUGUCUGCUGGCUGGCGCUGCCCUGGUGCUGGAGGCCGGGGUGGCCCCGCUGCCCAGUCCCUCUGACUCCCGCCUCUGGGCUUGCAUCCUGCUCAGCUGCUUCCUGUCUGUGCUCUACAACUUGGCCAGCUUCUCAUUGCUGGCCCUCACCUCUGCCCUCACUGUCCACGUCCUGGGCAACCUCACCGUGGUGGGCAACCUCAUCCUGUCCCGGCUCCUGUUUGGCAGCCGCCUCAGUGCCCUCAGCUAUGUGGGUGUCGCGUUUACCCUUUCCGGAAUGUUCCUCUACCACAACUGUGAGUUGGUGGCCUCAUGGGCGGCCCGCCGGAGACUCAGGCAGAGGGACGAGCCUGGCAAGGAUCUUUGAGACCUGGAACAGUCCCACCUUGGACUCAACCUGGCUAGGGGCCAUGGCAAAGGCCAAGGAGGCACCUUCCGGAAGGGCUGCCUUGAAGCCAGAAUGGGGCCAGUUCCUAGGGAGGCCUCCCACCCCCAGCCGGCCUGCCUCAGCCCCAUCACGGACCACCCCCUAGCUCACCACUGGAUGGUGGGAAUCCCAACCCGGCACAGUCACUGUGCUUUGUAGGAGUGAUUCUGAUAAUGUCAACCACUGUGCUGAAAAUUGUUGGACAGACUUUAUAAACCUCCAUGUAUUAUGACAACAAUGAUGAUGAUGGUGACACUGGGAGAUUGCACCAUCCUUCCCUGAGUAGGGGAGAUAAUGAAGGGACCCUCCCUAGGGAGUUGGGGUCAUUGGUGCCAACUCCAGGCAGCUGCUACCCUGGUCCCAUCAUCCCUGCCUCCUCCGCCCCAGUUUUGGGUCUUCCGUCCUCAAAUAAACUAUUUUUGCUUGGA